CGGCCGGCGCUUCCGGCGCGCGGGUGGGGGCGGCCAGGGCUCCAUGGUGACGGCGCAGGUUCCUAGCAGGAGAUCAUCCAUCGCUUGCAUCCUACCGGCUGCAGAGCUGCUGUCAUGUCAAAGCUGAAGAGCUCCGAGUCCGUGAGGGUGGUGGUGCGAUGCCGGCCGAUGAACAGCAAAGAGAAGACAGCUUCUUAUGAGAAAGUUGUCAAUGUAGACGUCAAGCUCGGGCAGGUCUCAGUGAAGAACCCCCGGGGAACAGCUCAUGAACUGCCCAAGACGUUCACCUUUGAUGCUGUGUAUGACUGGAAUUCCAAACAGGUGGAACUCUAUGAUGAGACCUUCAGGCCUCUUGUGGACUCUGUUCUGCAAGGGUUUAAUGGGACGAUCUUCGCCUAUGGGCAGACUGGGACGGGGAAGACGUAUACGAUGGAAGGGGUGCGUGGCGAUCCUGAAAAAAGAGGGGUCAUCCCCAAUUCAUUCGAUCACAUCUUCACCCACAUCUCUCGAUCCCAGAAUCAGCAAUACCUGGUUAGAGCUUCUUACCUAGAGAUCUACCAAGAGGAGAUCAGAGACUUGCUGUCCAAGGAUCAGUCCAAGCGGCUGGAGUUAAAGGAGAGGCCGGACACAGGUGUGUAUGUUAAAGAUUUGUCCUCCUUCGUUACGAAAAGCGUCAAAGAGAUUGAGCACGUCAUGAAUGUGGGAAACCAGAACCGCUCUGUUGGUGCCACCAACAUGAAUGAACACAGCUCUCGCUCCCAUGCCAUUUUUGUGAUCACUAUUGAAUGCAGCGAGUUAGGACUGGAUGGAGAGAACCACAUCCGCGUUGGGAAACUUAACUUGGUCGACCUCGCAGGCAGCGAGCGCCAGGCUAAGACUGGAGCGCAGGGGGAGAGGUUAAAGGAAGCUACUAAAAUUAAUCUCUCUCUCUCGGCUCUGGGCAACGUUAUCUCUGCCCUCGUAGACGGCAAAAGCACGCACAUUCCAUACCGGGACUCUAAGCUGACAAGGUUGCUUCAAGACUCCUUAGGUGGCAACGCCAAAACUGUGAUGGUGGCCAAUAUAGGCCCUGCCUCAUACAAUGUAGAGGAGACUCUGACAACACUGCGGUACGCUAAUCGUGCCAAGAACAUCAAGAACAAGCCACGCGUGAACGAGGACCCUAAGGAUGCUCUGCUACGAGAAUUCCAGGAAGAGAUUGCGCGACUCAAGGCACAGCUGGAAAAACGAAAUAUUGGCAAAAGAAAGAGGAGGGAAAGGAGGAGAGAUGGUGGGGAAGAGGAGGAGGACACUGAGGAGGGGGAGGAUGAAGGAGAUGACAAAGAUGACUAUUGGAGGGAACAGCAAGAGAAGCUGGAGAUUGAGAAGAAGGCUAUAGUUGAGGAUCACAGCUUGGUGGCAGAAGAAAAGAUGAGGCUGCUGAAAGAGAAAGAGAAGAAAAUGGAGGACCUGAGGCGAGAGAAGGAAGCAACAGAAAUGCUGAGUGCUAAAAUCAAGGCUAUGGAAAGCAAGCUUCUGGUGGGAGGGAAAAAUAUUGUGGAUCACACAAAUGAACAGCAGAAAAUCCUGGAACAGAAACGUCAGGAAAUCGCAGAGCAGAAACGUCGAGAGCGAGAAAUCCAGCAACAGAUGGAAAGUCGGGAUGAGGAGACGCUAGAGUUGAAGGAGACCUAUAGUUCUCUGCAGCAGGAGGUGGACAUAAAGACCAAAAAACUCAAAAAGUUAUUUUCCAAGCUGCAAGCUGUGAAGGCAGAAAUCCACGAUCUCCAAGAAGAGCACAUCAAGGAGCGUCAGGAACUGGAACAGACCCAGAAUGAGCUCACCAGGGAACUGAAGCUGAAGCACCUGAUUAUUGAAAAUUUUAUUCCCUUGGAAGAAAAGAAUAAGAUCAUGAACAGAUCAUUCUUUGAUGAAGAGGAGGAUCAGUGGAAACUGCAUCCCAUAACCCGUCUGGACAACCAGCAGAUGAUGAAGAGGCCGGUGUCUGCCGUGGGAUACAAAAGGCCACUGAGCCAACACGCCAGGACAUCCAUGAUGAUUCGUCCGGAGGCUCGGUACAGGGCAGAGAACAUUGUGUUACUGGAACUUGACAUGCCCAGCCGGACAACAAGAGACUACGAGGGCCCGGCCAUUGCUCCAAAAGUACAGGCAGCUCUAGAAGCGGCUCUGCAGGAUGAAGAUGAGAUCCAGGUGGAUGCUUCAAGCUUUGAGAGCACCUUAAACAAAAAAUCCAAACCCAGGCCUAAAACUGGACGGAAGUCGGGGGCCUCCUCUUCGGCAGGCACCCACAGCUCCCAGCUCUACCCGCAGUCCCGAGGGCUGGUUCCAAAGUAAACCCAGCCGUUCCUCUCUGCAGUGCCCACAGCCAUUGCCUUCUGAGAGCAGAGCCAAGAUAACACCAACAGAGAGAAAUCCCGCCAGCUCCAGCCCUUUCCCCUGGAGUUGGCUGCUGCUGUUUCACAGACUGGUGCGAGUCCAGGGGUGCUGAGCCACAGGAAGAUCCCUACUCGCAGUUCAGCAUUAGACCUCUGUGGGAAACAGACUUUAGUUAGGAACUCAGACAUGCAUGAGGUACGUUACAGUGUGUUAGAAGCAAUGGGAAGCAUGGGGAUCACCUCCCAGCAUUGCCGCCUCUCCUUCCGCACUCGUCCUUCUGCUGCACUGGACUUUCUUGCUGCUGGGCAACAAGAAGACAGAGUUGAAAGUCAUCUCAACAGAACCACCGCUCCAGAGCUCUAUGGUGAGAACCAAAUGAGGCUCAAAAGCAGAGGAGCUGAUCCAGCUUGACUAGGUGCAUCAUUUCUCCUCUUCCUGCUUGACAGACAGGUGUCAUCACUUGGGGUUAAGAGCUGGUCCAAGGCAGGAUGGCAGCUGGGCCUCCCUGUAGAACUGUGGGACAGAAAGGGGCCUUGAAAGCAAGGUUGCGCUCUGGAAAGAAAGCAAUAGAAACUCAAGUCCUUCCCUUGUUUACAGGCAUAAGAGCUCUGCUAAACUGACCUCCCACAGACCUCACCCCUUCCAGCAGGAACCACCUUGUCCGUCCACCGAUACCUCUGCACACCAGUGCCAGCUUUCUUCCUCUCUCUUGCCUCCAUCUUCAUCCCUGGCAUUUCAAACCAGUGUCCGUACAAAGCCUUUGAACUGUGGGGUGACCCAUGGCCAUUUUCUUACAUCUCCCAGUGCUGGCGGGCAGUGUAGCAUUGCUUGGAGCUCUCUUCCCAGCAGGAUCCCAGGGCUGGUGCUGCUCCCCCCAUAAGCUGGGGAGACAGUCAAGCACCGAAACGUGGAGCUGUGUCUGAGUGCACUCUUCCCACAAGCAUCAUCUCUUCCUUUGGCACCUAAGGAGGUUUGGCAUCCAGUACCUUUUGUGCCUUCCCUGUUCCACGUUAGAAGCUUUCCCUGCAACCUCUCCUCCAUACAGUGCCCACUGUGAGUGAAAGCACACGCAACCGAGCCUGGGAAACGGAAUCUGAUACUAAUUCCAGGGUUCUUACUUUGAAAACAAGGGAAGAGGAGCUCCUGCAUUUGACGUUCUCUGCAAAGCAGCCCUGUGAUGGAAGCAGGCUCCUGCAGUGCUGCAGCUCGCGUGGUGGGAGGUGGAACUGCUAUGCUGAGGAGAGCCCGGUGUCCCUGUCUAGUGUCUCUCAGCUCAUUGGCACAUUUUAGUUUACUGUGUAUCGAGACUUGGGAUGUUACUUUUCUGGUUGCUGUUGGCUGUCAUUCUGGGAAUGUUUUUACCCAUUUCUCCUCUUUCCCUGACGACUCCCCCAGACUGAGAUGUGUGGGUUUGCGAGAACUGGCCUGGGCUUGGAAAUGCUCUGCUGUGUGGACCCUGCCUUGUGUGCUCGCUCAGUGUGCACUGUGGGACUCCGUAAGGGCCAGGGAAUGCCGUUCCCUCUGACCCACCAUUCCCUCUGACCUCAGGAGCAGAAGGAGCCGACUGCCUGGCACAGCUCACCCGCAUCCUGCGGGCAUGGUGCCUGGGUGAGGCAGCUGCCGGGGCAGCUUGGCCACUCGGAUUCUCCAAGUGUUUUCCUGCACCACAGAUUGAUGUGUAUUUACACAUACAGAUAUUAGUUUUGGUGGAGGAAAGCGGUGUUUGCUUAUAAUGGAGAGAGGGCACCUGACGGAGUUCUUUCAUGGGAACCUGGCAUAAUCUUCCUUAUCAAGCACUGUUGAUAUUUAGAGCCUUUUAACCAGCUCUCGUUGCAUAAUACAUCACCUCUUCCCUCUCCUCCCUCUAGCACAUAACCUUCUGUGCUUUGGUGUUUUAAACUAUUGUACGGUGCGAGUGCUCAGAGAAUAGAAAUGUGAAACAAGAGGGGGUCUAAAACCUGAAGCAGCCACAGGAUGUGUAACCGUGUCUGUGCAUACAUGCUUGUUCUGUCGGUGAUGCACACGCAGACACAUCUGCGUCUGCACACACGCACAUUUUUCCUCGGUCGCUGCUGUUCCACAGGGAAUUCUGUAUGGAACUCACAUGCUGGGAGCCCCCCCCUGUGGCAGGAGCAGAGCAGGGGGAAUGGCCACGCAGAACCUAGCUCUUCUCGCUGGGGUGUUGGAAGGCUGGAUGGUUAAAGUGUCCAAAAGACUCUGCUUUUAAUGCUGUAGAAGUUUGUUACGAGGUGAAAGAACUUCAGUCGGGUGGAAACAGAUGUGGAUUUAGGCACUGCAUUUAGACUGGAGCUGUGGCUGGAGGUGGGGUCAGAGCGGUUAUGAGAAGCUUAGAUUCUUACAGAAGCUUUUAGCUCCUCAUUCCCAUGGGCUCACCCCCAACCAGACACUCAGUGGCACUGAUAUUAAGAUAAAAUACUUUGUCUGAAGCCGUACAAAACAUGCUGAGCUCUGGGUUGAACUUUCUAAGACACAUUCCUGCUGCAUUUGCCUGUCUCUGGGUGUUAUCUGCACUAUCUGGGCAUCCUGCAGCUGAACGGCCCACGAUGGGAAAUCCAGCCAAGGCCUGGAAGGGGCCUCAGACAGUAUGUGUUGUGACAGGAAUGUUUAACACCGUUCUGGUCUUUGCUCUGAUCUGUGUAACGGGAUCUUUGUUUGAAGAGGAACAUGGUGGAGCAGAAGUCAGCCCUGGAAGCGAGCACUGUGUGACACUGAGGAACAACAGCACUUUCUUAACAUCCUUAACGUGGAUCCUAUGCCUUUUUUAAAUAUCUGCAUGCUGCUUGAAUCUUCUGACACGCAAACCUCUGGCGUGGCAGUCUGUAUAACGGGCUGUGCUGCUCCGUUAUACAGAUCAGAUCGGGCUUUGUUUAGGUGUUGAGUCUGCCUUCACUGAACACACAGCGCUUCCAGUGUUCCAGCACAAUGCCUGUCCAUCCGGAUCCGUCCUUCUGUCUGCAGUGGUUAACGCACACCAGGCUUUACACGGCUCAGUGCUACUCCUAUGCACCUGCAGGAGCAACACGAUUUGGAAAACAUGACCUGCAAAAGCCAUAAACGUCUGUGAAAUGGAAGCAAACUGAGAGCCCCGGUCCUGUCUGUGCAGCGGUGGGAUAGCUCCGUGCUCCAGCCACUUACCUUCACCAGUCCCUCUAUCCUUUGGAAGCAAAGUGCCCGAGGCUCUCCCAUCCACAGAACUCACAGCGAUCUCUGCCUUCCCCUAGGUGAUCUGUAGACAAAGAACCUGUCAAUAGUUCUGUCCAUAGUUUUACAGCUUCUAUUUAUUUGUAUCAUCUCUUUUGUCUAGGAAUGUAAAGUGAUCCUGAAAUAAAGUCAAUAACAUUUAUUGCAUCUUAUCAAAAGGUCCCCUUUUUUCAUUCCUAAUUUGUAAGCACUGGCAGGGCUCAGUGACUUCAAAAGCUCCUUCUCAGCUUUCCUGGAGCCCCUUUCAGUACUGAAGCUGCUCUAAGGUCUCCCCGCAGCCUUCUCUUCUCCAGGCUGAACAACCCCAACUCUCCCAGCCUGUCCUCAUAGAAGAGGUGCUCCAGCCCACACAUCAUCUCUGUGGCCUCCUCUGGACCCACUCCAACAAUUCCAUGUCCUUACACUGGGGACUCCAGACUUGGACGCAGGGCUUCGAGUGGGGUCUC